AUGGUGGAGGUGCCGUUUCACAGCCUCGACCGGUGGUAUGACCCUUUCUCGGACCCUGGCUCGCCCAAGGGGUGCCUUUGCCUCACUUUCGACGACGUUCGCAACUUCACCGCGGUGCUCAAGGCGGUGCCGCGGCUCCGGGCGAGGACCACCUUCCAGAACGGCACUCCCGGCAGCGACCCCGCGCUUGGCACAGGGGGAACUCCCGCGUCCAAGACGACGAGCAACGCCACAAAAAUGGUGGACGGCUACGAGCUGGCCCCUGCGGCCGCGGCUCAGCUUGAUGAGCUGCUUGCGGUGGUGCAGCGGCUGAAGGACGAGGCUGCGCCCAACAUGACGGUGCGCGUGAGCGGCGGGUGGCAUGUACAGUGGAUUGCGAGGGUGAACAAGAGCAGCGCGGUCGGCGACUACUACGCCUAUCGGCGCGACGACCCGAGCCGCCGUUGCCGCUCUCGGCGCGAGCUCUUGCGAGCGCUGUCGGCCAGCGAUCCUGCUGACGUCUCACACUCUUCUCUCUUCAGCAGCGCUCGCAGCGACAGAGAUUGUGAUGACGUGGGCGACGACGGCGGCAGCGCCAGUGAGAGCUCGGACGUCGACUCUGACGACGUUGACCAGCGCAAUAUCAUGAAGGGCAGGCGGCGCCGCGCUGAAGUAAAUUAUUCGGAGCGGCCGAACUCGGACUCCUCGGACUCCUCCGGGUGUGGCAGCUCCGGUGGAGGAGGCGUCGACGCCAACACGAAAUCGGCCAAUGCCGAGGUGCUCGGCUGCACUGGCUGCCUGGGCAGCAGCAACGCUAGCAGCGUCGCUAGGCAGCAGCUCGCCCACCUUGAGUGUUGA